GAGCCAACAUCUCCUCGAGUCGUCUAUUGACAUCUCCAGUUGUCAUUGUGGACUUGCUUGGUAUACAAUUUUUCGGAGAAUCGGAGUUUUGGAUGAGUGGCCUGAAGAUCGUAUUCCUCGUGGGUUUGGUUCUUCCUGGCAUUAUUGCCGAUCUUGGAGGAAACCCAAAACAUGAUCGCAUUGGAUUCCGAUACUGGCGCCAACCAAACGGACCCAUGGGCAACUGCAUCGUCUACCCGGUGCACAAUGAUCAAUUCGCGGUCUUUCUUGGAUUCUGGAGCAAGUUAACCACUACGGUGCUUGCACACAUCGGGAGCGAUUUGGUUGCGGUUACGGCUUGAGAGGCACAGAACCUGAGGAAAAUGACUCCCAGAGCUAUCAAGUCCACAUUUAUUCGUAUCUUCGUGUUCUAUAUCGGUGGAUAUCUG